GUACGUACCAUGUACACUGUAGACAACAGUAAACUAGUGGUAAGGGUAAAAACAAUUUCUAAACCCGUUUUCAUUUCACUCUGCAACGAUCGACCGACCGGCAGAUUUUAGAAGCUUGGCGCAGUGCAUUUUCGUCCGUACAUCCGUGCAAAUACAGAAUAUCUCUACAACCAUUCACCACUACCGCAUUAUCAUGGCUACAUUACAAGAGCGUUUCGAAGCGGCCGCCGAAGAAGUGAAAACUCUCACGAAAAGACCGACCGACGUCGAACUAUUGGAACUGUACGCCCUCUUCAAGCAAGCCACGGUCGGAGACAACGACACCAGCAAACCCGGCAUGUUUGAUUUGAAAGGCAAAAAAAAGUGGGAGUUUUGGACCAAUUUAAAAGGCACUUCCAAAGAAGACUGCCAAGAAAAAUAUAUUGCAAAAAUGGAAGAACUCGUUGUCAAAUACAGGGAAUGAUUCCUAAAAAUAUACUAAGAUAUUUAUAAAUUUAUAAUGUACCUUUUAUUGUAUGGUUUUUUUUUUUUGCUUUGUUUGUUCACUCGUAUUCAAAAAUCAAUAUAAUUUAAAUAAAUAAAAUGUUUUCUUU